AUGUUCCCCCUCCACAGAGCCUCAAUGCCAGCCGGGCGUUUCAGAACGGCUGCUCUAUCGAUGAAAAGCUACUCGUCAACCCCUAGCGCAAUAAAACGGGUUAGUCUUAUUCCGGGAGAUGGAAUUGGCCCCGAAAUUGCCGCAGCCGUGCAACGAAUCUUCUUUGUUGCCAAGGUGCCUAUUGAAUGGGAUCUGGUAAAUGUGACCCCAAUUAUCGGCGAAGAUGGAAAGACAUCUUUGUCUCCGGAGGCACUUGCAUCGUUCCAUUCGACACGAAUCGGCUUGAAGGGCCCGCUUGCAACGCCAAUCGGGACCGGUCAUGUUUCGCUGAACCUUUUGCUAAGAAACAUGCCGAAUUUGGAAACGCGCUAUCGUGAUGUUGAUACCGUAAUUGUACGAGAAAACACGGAGGGAGAAUAUUCUGGCAUUGAGCAUUUGGUGGUUCCCGGCGUGGCCCAAUCCAUCAAGCUGAUCACGGAAAAAGCAUCUAGACGUGUUUCAGAGUUUGCUUUUCAAUAUGCCAGGGACAUUGGCCGGCCAAAUGUCAUCGUUGUACACAAGGCCACCAUUAUAAAGGCCUCUGAAAAGUAUCCGGACAUCGCAAUGGUGGAUAUGUCUCUUGAUAAGGCAUGCCUUCAAGUAUGA